GUUUCUAUAAAUCAAUAGGGAUGUUUCAGUCCAGAGGCCUCAGCAUGGAUCGAGUGCACUCUGCAUGGUUACCAAGGCCAACAUCCUGGUUACAAAGACCAACAUCCUGUUUCCAGAGGCGAUCCCUCAGAGCAUCAGCAGACCCCACCUCUUCAGAUGAUGUCUACACCAGUUGCCUUUACGCCCAGGGCUUCCGUUGUACUCUGCAGCAGAGGCCCAGCUGCAGCAGUGCCAGGUUGACUCCCAAUAGCAAUGCCAGAGGAGUGGGAGGGAGGCCAAUGAGCAGUGCUCUGGGUAGACUGGAGAACAGCCCAGGGAGGGGAACCAGAGCCAUGAGCAGACCAGUUACUGCACCCGGGGGAGGAGGAAGGCGCAGAGACCCGGGCCAGAGACCUGGAGCUCAAGUCAGGGACAGGACAGAAUGUCCCAGAGUGCCCUGCAACGCCAAAUAUGACAACACACAUGGACAGCAGCAGGACACGUGGAGGGGGAGGAGGCCUUUCUCAACAUUAUCCACACUGCAUCUUUAUCUGCCCUCUUCAUCGUACUAUGAGGAUGAAGAGCAGGAGAUGGAUAUAGAGAUAGAGAAGGAGGAUGUGAGGCCUACAGUAGAAAACAACGGCCUAGAAGACACCACAGAAAUGAUCAGAACACCGACCCCUUCAGAAAAUGUCACAAUGCUGAACCCUACCAAUAAUACUGGUCUACAACAGGAUCAUAAAGAAACCGUCCAAAUACAGGAGGCCCCUACAUUAAACCCCAGUCUACAGGGCCCCUCAGAGGACAUCAUCAGCUCUAUGGAGCCCACUGACAAUCCCAGGUUCCAGGGGAUAACACAUUACAGAACAAAUGGCCUUGUGGUUCCAAAGCAGAGAGCUCAUGGACAUGACAUGGAACAGAAACAGGAAUGCAUCCCUCUCCAGAUAAUGCCGGCAGCUGUUCAAGGGAGGGACCCUACAUCUUUAAGGCAGCAUGUGAACAGACUCCCCAAAAUAAAAACCACUAAGACCUUUGUGUGGGGUCUUUCUGGACCCCAGGAGAUUAAGAGUGUGUUUGUUCUGCAGAGGCAUAUUGGCAGAUACACAACAAAUCAGACAUAAGAGCAUUCAUCCUGCCAUUCACAUUGAAUCCCAUAUCUUGGGUUUGUUGGAAUAUCUUACCUGCCAGUGAGACCCAACUGAUUCAUAUCCAACCAUAAGAAAUAGUCAGCUAAAAGAUUAGACCUUACAGGGGGAGCUGUGAUUGUAAAAACACUAUCUGACAUAACCUGAUCCAAGGAAAUGCCAGAGGCAAAGAUGAUAUUGUGAUCUUGCUUCCAGUUCAGAAAAGGCAAAUAUUUGUAUAGAGAAUGUGGUUCCCUGAUGAAAAAGCAUGUAAACAUGCAUGUAUAUUACACUGGGCUAAAAAAUACCUUAUAUGAGAUAUCAAAGUACACAAACAGAUCAGCUUUGUGUUCAUGUCAUGACUGGGUUCUUCAAAUUGUCCAGAUCCUUACAGACAUAAUAGAAAUAACAUUACACUAAUGGUGCAGUGAAUAAAGAACUGAAACGAGAGACGUGGGAAAAUACAAAUGCAUGCCAUGGAAAACAGCAAGUGGAUGGGGAAUUACAUUGUAUUGUGUUCAGUCCCAAAGGUCAGCAGCUGAGACAUUACCCAGUCAUAAGCAGAGCAGUGGAGAAUUCUAGUUAGGCUACUGACUGAGUGAUGCCUAUCCAGAGGACCCCGUACUUCAGCUUCCCUUUACAGUCCCAUUACUUUAUCAAAUCAAAACCAUUCUGACCAACUCAUCAUUUGGCCACAUUACCAAAAACCAAAUGUCAAACUGGCACAAAUAACAUGACCUUACUUCGGUUAAUACCUUACAGUAGGUUAUGGGAUAUUUUGUAAUCAUUCUGCAUUGUUGGGAAGGGCCUGUAAGUAAGCAUUUCACUGUUAGUCUACACCGGUUGUUUACAAAGCAUAUGACGAAUAAACAUUUGAUUUGGAUACAUUUUGCCCCCUUGUGGUGGAAAAAUGCCUCCUAUAGUCAUAGUGCAUCUUCCACUGGAGCCAUACCAUUUCAGCACUGCUGUUGAUCAAUAGCAUGGAUCAAUGGUAUGCAUAUCCAUCGUAUGACAUCAUUGGUUGUAGCAGCCAGAUUUCAAUUAAACACUUGAAAAAAAAAACAUAGGCCGAGUGUUAGGGGUGGGUUUGAGGGGGAAUUCAAGGGAAUUUAGUUCCCAUUACUAAUUUUGACAUCAAAUGUUUGAGCUUCUCGUUUUACAUUACUGAGUUCAUAGGUGUUUUUCCUACUACCGUUCCUGAGUAUUAUGCGGAUAUUUCACAAAUACAAUACAGAUAAAUUAUGCAUAUGAUAGGAAGUACAAUGCUUGUUUAUAUAACCUUAUGAUUGUUAAUUUCAUCAUCACUUUGUACCCAGAGUCAAGACAUUCAGUAUGAGUACACCCCACAGGUCAUUACUGGUUAUUACAUUCCUGCUAUGAAAUACUACAGUCGUGGUCAAAAGUUUUGAGAAUGACACAAAUACUAAUUUUCACAAAGUCUGCUGCCUCAGUUGAUG